UCCAAUCGUCCGUCGUUCAUGGCGUUGAAACAAUUGACAGUUUUCGAAUUCGUGUUCGAAAAGACGUGCGCUGAAUUCAUUACAUUCGAUUUCGGGUGGUAAUUAAGUUGCGAGGCGCCACCUUACGAAAUGCAUUUAGCGCGCGGUUAUAAAACUUUUUUCUCUUUUAUUAAAUGUGUUUUUCGGCUGUAUAUUUUAUGUGGACUUUGUAGCAAAACAUGUUUUGCCGAAUUAGAUAUUGACACUGGAAAAAUGGUGUACUCUGUAGAGACAGUGUUAGGAACGUCUGUCAAUCUACCGUGCGAUAUAACUCCACCCGAAGCGAAAGACAAAAUGCAUAUACUGAUUUGGUAUAAGGAUAAAGUGCCAAUUUACACCUUCGACUCGCGUGGAAAGAAGCUGGAACAAGGGAAGCAUUGGUCUAUUGAAUCACUGAGUGACAGAACAGGCUUCAAAUUUCAAGAUGAUGUCGCAAAAUUGUCUUUAAGCAAUGCGAGAGAAUCCGACGAGGGAAGUUAUCAGUGCCGUGUGGAUUUCAGACGAAGUCCCACACGAAAUGUGCUUGUAAAUGUCACUGUAAUCAUUCCUCCAGAAAAAGUAAUAAUACUAAACGAAAAAGGUGUCCAAAUCCCUCACUACAUCUUAGGGCCCUACAAUGAAGGCGAAACGAUCAAUAUUACCUGUGUAGCUACGGGAGGAAGGCCUUUACCCAAAGUGACAUGGUGGCAGGAAAAUGCUCUAUUGGACGGAUCCUAUGAUUAUUUAUCGGAAAGAAAAGUCCAGAAUGUACUCCACAUCAAACGCCUGGAGCGGAAAGAUUUGCAUACCGUAUUUACCUGCCAGGCAUCUAAUAACAAUUUAAUUGCGCCAAUUUCUAGUUCGGUGACUCUUGACAUGAAUCUUCGACCACUUUGGGUAAAGUUAUUGGGUAAAAACAAGCCGCUUUCGGCCGAUAACACAUACGAGCUAAGCUGUCAAGUGGUCGGCUCGAGACCCAGUCCUACGAUCACUUGGUGGAAAGGAGGCGUGCAAAUUACAGACACCAGGGAAACUACGAGCCCUGAUAGUAACGCAACUACGAGCGUUUUAACAUUCACCCCUUCAGCAGACGACGGUGGGAAGUAUCUCUCGUGUAAAGGCCAACAAUCGCUUAUAUUAAGUAGUGCAAUUGAAGAUGGGUGGAGAUUGGAAAUUUAUCACGUCCCUGUCGUAACCUUGGAGCUGGGUAGUAACUUAAAUGCCCUGACAAUCAGAGAAGGUUCCGAUGUUUAUUUUGAAUGUAAUAUUAAAUCAAACCCUUGGGUCUACAAAGUUAGCUGGAGGCAUAACGGACAAAUGCUUUAUAACAAUGGCGCUAGUGGAACAAUUGUGAGUAAUCAAAGUUUGGUGCUGCAGAGUAUUAGCAAGGCAAGAGCGGGGAGCUAUACGUGUAUAGGGAGUAAUCGGGAGGGUGAUGGGGAAAGCAACGUGGUGAAAUUAGACGUUAAAUUUGCUCCGAUUUGUAAAUCAGGCCAGCAGAGGGUAUACAACGUAGCUCGUCACGAAGGCGUCUCAAUUAACUGCGAAGUUGAGGCUAAUCCCACUAACACACAAUUUGUAUGGAAGUUUAAUAACAGCGACAAUCAAGCAUUAGUGCUAGACAUGCCUCAGAGUCUUAUAACUACCAAUAAAACUACCAGUAAGCUGUUUUACACCCCAAUGACCGAACAUGAUUACGGCACGCUUCUUUGUAAAGGUGUAAAUAACAUCGGCAUUCAAAAGGAACCUUGCGUUUUUUAUAUAAAUCCCGCCGGCAAACCGGAUCCCCUAUCAAAUUGCACGGUUGUCAAUCAAACCGGCGAUUCCGUGCAAGUUGCAUGCGUCGAGGGAUUUAAUGGUGGGCUGCAGCAAACAUUUGUCCUAGAAGUGUACGAUUUUUAUCUGGACAAAUUGAUUAGUAACAUAUCCUCCAACCGACCCGAAUUCUUCGCCGGCGGACUGAAAUCCGGUAGAAAAUUAAACCUUAUUAUUUACGCUUCCAAUAAAAAAGGGCGGAGCGAGUUGAGAAGCGUUCAGACCGCUACCUUAAAAUCCUUGGAAGAAUUCACAGCAAUCGCAAAUCCUUUCCAGCAGCUGACUCCGAUAUUGGGGGCUUUAAUUGGUUUAGUGCUGACCCUUAUUUUAAUAGCGACGGUAAUAGUGAUUAUUAUUCGCGUACGAGGUGGAGAAGAAGACGAUAAAAAUUAUAACAGAAGCAUCGCCGAUUCGGGUAGUGUGCUUCUGAAUGGAACCAGCAAAAAUACCAGCUCGGAAUUGUUGCGAACGGAAGUGAAUAGUAGCGUGAAUAGCUUAGAGGAGAAGAACCCCGAUAUCAUUCCGCAUAAUAACGCAGAUGAUGAGUAUCUCGAAGAGGAGCGUGCUUUUGAAGCUUUAGGUACGCCACAAACGAGGACGUACCUUCGGAUUCCCGCACCUACUUUACAGGGGGAGCCGAAUUUUGUGAAAACGGACCCGCAAAGCGUUUCCCACAAAUACCACACAAUUCAACGAGAGCCGAGUCAACAGCCCUUCAGCUCCCCUCGGUCUUUGCAAAGAAUGCCACUCUACCAUCAAUUACCAGCAUAUAUUCCACGACACGCCACCGAGAACCAGUACGACUACGACACUUACAUCUCAUCUGCCACCCCUCUGAUCUCCCGAGAAAACAACAUUAUUAAAACUGGACUUACACCACUCACCUCUCGGCGUUCAGCGCCGAACAAUUCACAAUCUCACACCAUGACCCGAUUUUGAUUAAUAUCAUGCUAAGCCAUUACGUGAUCUGUGAUAUAGUGUUAAGAUUGUAAGCCAAUACGCGAAAGACUGACUGGCUCCGUACUGUUCUUGUAUGCAGAUGUAAUUAUUAUAUGUAGAGACUUUAUAUUUUUCAUAAGUAAAUCUAUAUGUAUA